GCCACCUCUUGAUUCUGAUAGUGCAGUUAAUUGUCCCUUACUUGCUAGCCUCAUUCACUCUGUGUAGCGAAGGAAAAAAUAGUCUCUCUGUACCGUUCCCGCGCACGAUUUAAUUUAUUCAAGCCGGAAUAUCCUCAUUCGUUAACGCGUGGGCCCUGAUUAGCGUAGGAGGGAUAUUUUAGUACCCAAGCCGUCGCAUUGUUUGAUUUUGAAUGAAUGGACUUGAAUAUUAGCGUGAACCUCAAAAGUUUUCGCAUUUGCUCGCCGAACGUACUAUCGAGCGUUUCGAAGUAUCUGUUACUGGUGAACCUCACCAGACUUCGUCACAUAGAACUGAAGUUGUCCGUGGUUAUUAGUAGCAAGUGCGUUGAAGAAAUUGACUAUGUCUGUCAGUAGUCUUCUGGAAAGCUUUGGUAACACCUUCGAUCCUCUUCAACCAUUGCUGUUCAAAGAUUUUGGCGACGAUUCAGAAGAUUUGAAAUCAAAGAGUAAAGAAGCAACCGACGACUUAUGGAAGAAUUUUUCAUUUCCGCCGACGCCACCGAUCUCUCCGGCUUGCUCGCCCCCGCACGCGGCGACCGAAGAGGCAAGAGAGCAGCCAGUUUGCUUCGGCGUGGCAGAUGAGGCAUUUUCUCUGGACGAAGAAUGCUCGCUGUACUUCCAAGCCGGUGACCUGAAAGAUAUAUUGAUUAAAGAUUGCAUGUGGAACGGCGCUGCUUUCGAUAAGAAUGCGGACAGGAAGCAGCAUCGAUCGAAUUCAAAAACGGAUCGAGUUCGUUUGCUGUGCCAGACACCGCCACUGAGUGAAUCUGCGGCAAGGAUUUUGAGUGUGGAUCCCUCAGAAAUCUUUCCUUUUCCUCUGAGUGCAAGCCCUGGAAGCGAACUGCGAGAAAACAUCGAUGAGCAAUCGGAUUCCGAAGAAGAGGAAGUCGAAAUUGAUGUGGUUACUAUAGAAAAUUCAAGCAAACGAGAGCAGGAAGCCGAUGAAGUUAUUGAAACUGAAAGUGUGGAAAUUUGCACUAGAAUCGAAGAACCGGUCCCAAGUGAAAGCUGCUCUGAAGUAUCAAGUUCAGAAUUGCGAACGGAAGACCCAGAGGAAGACGAGAAAACUGAAUAUGUGGGCAAGAUAAGAACACGUCGGCAUAGAAAAGUGUUAUCCAGCGACGGAUUGAAUUACCGCGAGGGAAAGAAACUUGUUAAGAAUAUCAGCAGCUCUGGAGAAAGCGAUGAGUCUGAGAACGACAGUGAAUUCACACGAGCGACACAUAACGUAUUGGAGCGAAAGAGAAGGAACGAUUUAAAAAUGAAGUUUCAAAAAUUACGAGACUGCGUUCCGGAAUUGAAGGACAAUGACCGCGCACCCAAAGUCUCCAUUUUGCGGAAGUCUUGGGAGUAUAUAAGUCACAUCAAACAAGAAGAAAGUAAACUCCUGACCGAGCUGGAAAAACAAAAGAAAGUUAACGCUAUGUUGUUGAAAAAGCUACUGGCUUUGAAUCAAGCGAACUAGAGACUUUUAAUAGCGGGACGUAAUGUUUUUAAGCCAUUUUAUCGACUUCAUACAGAUUUUUUUUUUUAAGUACCUGACUUGUGGUGACGAUUUUUUUGAAAAUGUUCAUUUGGUUUUCCUAUUCCCACUUGCGCUUGAGUCGUCGAAGCGUAAAUUAUGAUGAAUGACCAAUUUUGCUGUGCAAUAUUAGUGACGCGAUAUUUUUCAGAGAGAAUUGAGGACACACUUUAGCAAAGCUGUAGUGGCCAAACUCAACCGUGUAGAACUCAGUUCGAGUUAGUCUUGAAGAUAGAAACUGAUUGUAAAUAGGGUUAUAAUUGUGCUGUUUCAUUGCGAACAGCUUUGAAACCGGCUUUGUGCACGCUUGACAAAGGCAUUAGAAUUUCACGAAAAAUUUCGAUCAGUCUGAUGUAGAUUUAGAAAACACGAUUUGAGAUAGAAAGUACUUUUCAAAUCAAAAAUAAAAAUAAAGUCUUAACUAUA